AUGUCGGACAUUCACGGAACAGUAAUGACAGAGGUGGAAGACAAUCCUUAUGGCUACAUUCCGACUCGAUCAACUGCAAUAAUUUUCCUUGCCCUCUUCAGCAUUUCAACCUUGCUGCAUGGAUUUCAAGCGGCGAAACACCGAAUGUGGUGGCUGAUUCCUACGGCCUGCCUAUGCGGUCUCAUUGAGAUCAUAGGUUGGGCAGGGCGACUAUGGUCAUCAUUCAAUGUUUUUAACGACUCAGCGUUCCAAAUGCAAAUAUGCUGCACGAUCAUCGGUCCAACCCCACUGCUCGCUGCAAGCUUCAUCAUCCUCGGAAAUAUCAUCAAAAGACUGGGUCCUGCAUAUAGCCGACUCACCCCUAAGUGGUAUACAAUUGUCUUCUGUUCCUGCGAUGUAAUCUCUCUAGUUAUUCAAGCAAUUGGAGGAGGUAUGGCUGCCUCCGCUGAAGACACAGAUGGUGCAAACAGGGGCGCUGAUAUCAUGCUCGUCGGUAUCAUUUUCCAGCUACUGGUUAUUGUAUUCUUUGCUAUAUGCGCCUCCGAGUUCUAUUAUCGAUACCUCAACCGUUUACCCAUCAUCCGCAAGAGAAAUGCUGAGCAAGAAACGAGCUCAAACUCCACUUUGGGCAAUUUGCACGAUCCUCUCACCAGGAACAUUACGAUCAUGACCUGGGCUCUUGUGUUCAGCACAAUUGUCUUCUUCAUCCGUUCAAUCUACAGAAUCAUCGAACUUGCGGAUGGAUGGAACGGAAGAAUUAUUCAAACAGAGGUCUAUUUCAAUGUGCUAGAUGGUGUCAUGGUUAUCCUUGCUAUCUAUACGCUCAAUGCCUUCCAUCCUGGACGGUUGCUAUCGACGAAUGAUUCAGAGUAUCAGGACAAAGAGGCGAAACUGGAAAACCUUAAUAGCCACAACAAGCAGCUUAAUUCGGCGACACCAUCGCUUCCCACACGCCAGAAGAUGUCUUCGACGACGAAGCCAGCAAUGCCUACUCGGCUCCCUUCUAAUUCUCAACUUCCAGGAAGAAGAAAACCUGCAUCUCGCUUAGCCUCGCUGGGAUUGCCCAACACAAGGAAGAAUGCCACCUCGGGGACAGGACCUUCCAUGUCGCGCCGGGCGUCAGUCACCGGUCUGACGUCAGGUCCAAAAUCACAGAGGACAUCCAAGACAACGCACAAGCUCGUUGAACUCCCAUCGGCGCCCCAAACUCGGCCGUUGCUAGCUGACAUUGGAGAUGAUUUGACGUUGGGACAUGAGAUAGACGGUGGUGUGAGGGAGUACAAGAGUCAGGCGGAGCGUAUGAACAAGCAGCAGAGGAAAGAGGCGGGGUUCAAGCGGAUUACGGCCUACUGCGUGGCAGAGUCAUUCAAGAUGAAGCUUUUGUCGUCGUUUUUAAAGAGGGAACACAAUGUGUCUCCUAGAGCAUUUGACGAGGCGUUGUAUGUUAUGUAUCAUUUACCAUUACUACCGGGAUAUGGUCCCAACGCGAAUGUUCGCUCUUCUGUGCCAGCCAAAACUCGCACCGGGAAGACCUUCCUGGCGCACCUCUCCGAAGCUGAAGAAAAUGGCUACCAAGGCACAUAUUUCACGUCUCAAGCCGACCGAUCCCCCAAUGAUACUCGAGAAGGCUACAUCUCUUCGAGCUCCCCUGUCGAAACUCGCGGGUCCCGGGUCCGAGAGCCUGUUGUCCCUCCGGCACUCGCUCCUCCAGCAGAAACGGACGAAGAAAAUGACCCUGGUUUCGUCACCGACCCUGGUUUCGCUACAGAACCUGACGUGGGUUUCGCCACAGAGCCAGAGCUAGAGACACCUUUUUCUGAAACGUCUCCGGGGGUAGUGGCUACACCCAGCUUUGAGGUAGACCCUGGUGCAGAAACAGAUCCUGGAGUUUAUUCUCAGUGGAAGAAGCCAGUGGUGCCAGAGGAGCCGGCCAAGCCACGGGAUGAGGAUGUAGCAGAGGUUGUAUUUUUUGAGUAUGGUGUGGCCGUCUUCUUUGGGUUAGACGAACAGCAGGAAAAAGAUAUCUUAGAGGACAUCACAAACGCCGGGAUCUUGAAGCGCAAGAUGGAGGAGGAUGACUGGGAGAUCGAAGAAUGUCAUUUCAUGCACGACCCACACAUCGCAUACCCUCGCAUUUACAACGAUUUUUUCACUCUCAAAUCCCGAUCCCACUUACUCAAACUUUCCAUUGCCCAUGCCCUCGCGCAGUCCACUCUCCUCGCGCGCUACGAAUCCAACGCCCAGAUGGUCCUCUCCUCUCCUCUGACGCUUUCCAUUCCCAAUCAACUCGCCGCUUCUGGGGCUCUCAAACUCCGUCGCCACGAUGCGCUUAAACUCACGGGGCGACUGUUCAAGCUUCGGAGGGACGUCAACCUAGUGUCAAAUGUGCUUGACGUUCCGGAACUCUUUUGGAGUGAGGCCAGCUUGAAAGACUUAUAUGAUGCUGUGCGAGAGUACAUGGAGAUUGGACCGAGAGUACAAGUGUUGAAUGAAAAGCUGGGGGUGGCGAGUGACUUUCUGGAUGCUAUUCACGACCAUCUAAAUAAUUCCGCAAUGGAGCGGAUAACGUGGAUUGUUAUUUGGCUGAUUGUAGUUGCGUGUCUUGUCGAACUGGGUGAGGUGGUUGCCAGACUAGUAUUUCACGCAGCGACAACAGGACCCAAAUUGCAUACCCUUACAUCAGCCAGCCCUUCCUUAUCUAGUCUUCCUUCAAUAUCAAGGGAAGAAAGUCUCAAGGUGCUCGAGCGCCUAAUGGUGGUCCAGUCGCAAUCUCAAUCGCGAUGA